AUGUCAGGCACUUUGUCUGAAAAGCCCUCCUCCACCAUUAACAUAAAACAUGUUGUUCCGUUCGUCUUGGAUCUAGACCAGAUGAAUUAUGAUAUAUGGAGAGAGCUUUUUGAAAUUCAUUGCAUCGGUUAUGGAGUUGACGAUCAUCUCAAGCCUCAACCUCAAUCUCCCUCUGCAGACAAAGAGAAAGAUAAGGCUACUGCCGAGUCUGCUGAAGCUUUAACUAGAUGGUUGUGCACGGACUCAAUUGUAAAAUCCUGGUUAUACGGUACUCUCUCUAUUCUUCUUCUUAACAUGAUUUUCAAGAAGCAAGCCACUGUCUUUGAAGUAUGGGAAAAUCUGGAGAAGGUUUUUCGUGAUAAUAAAGCCUCCAAAAUUAUUCAGCUUCAUAGAGAUCUUCGGAACAUCUCCCUUGGUAACUCAUCUAUUCAGAGUACUGCAACAAAAUAA